UUUAUAUGUGAAGAGCGUCCUCGGUGUUGUUUCUACAAACUAUGGAAUUAUCGAGGUUCUCUGCUAUACUCUUUGACCACUUUUCUCUUCAGUUUUAGUUCUUUCAAUUCUUUCAUUUAUAUCUCUUCAAUCCUUGUUCAGCCAAUUAGAUUCUUUCCUAUCUUGAAAUAUUCAUUUUCUCUUCUAGUUUUCCUCAAGAUUCUUGGCAAUCAAUAAGAGGGUAGGUCAGUUUUUAGGUUUAUUUCAAUCCUAUUUCAGUCAGGUCUUUUUAUAUCAGGUAAGUUUCUAACUUGCGAUGGAUACCCUUUUCAAAGAUUUUCCUAGUUCCAUGUAUGGGUUGAAAUUUGAUCAUGUCUCAGUGCCAGUGCAUUCAAAUCACAUCCUUGCUAAGGGGUUUAUAGAGAGUCCUGAGCAAAUUGUUCCAAGUCCACCUUCCAUUCCUACAAGUCCAGAGUCUCCUGUUGAUUCAGCUUCAUCAUCAGGCAUGAGUUCAGACGGACAUCCCCUUGACAAUGUUCCUUUUGCCAAUGAAAUGCUCAAGUACAUCAAUGAGAUGCUAAUGGAAGAAGACCUGGAGGAAAAGACCUGCAUGUUGCAGGAUUGCUUAGCUCUCCAAGCUGCUGAAAAGUCGUUUUAUGAAGUCCUUGGCCACGAGUAUCCACUUUCAGCCGAUUCUAUCUCUGCAUGUACGGGUAAAAAUUAUUAUAACCCAGAUGAUAAUCUUACCCACAGCAGAAGUAUUGGUAGCAGUGACAGCUAUACAACAGCUACCAACUCGGCCGAACCGAGUAGGAUAUAUAGUCCAGAUGAAUUCAACUCCUCUUACAUUCAAACCUCUCUUAUCGAUUCUCUUGAAAGAACUUCUUUAUUUCCUGAUUUACAAAUAGAGACCACGAUAGAACCUUUUAGACACUUCGGAAGAGACGUUGGGAAAGCUAGUACGUCCCCUCUCAAUGAUGAUAAGGUGCUUUUGGCUCCAGAAAGCAACCAGCUAUCAAGGCUUUCUGUUCCUGAUGUAAGGUAUCAAUCACCAUCAAGGUCAAGGGGAAGAAAAAGUUAUCAGCGUGAGGAUGGUGAUUAUUUGGAAGAAGGUAGAAGCAACAAACAAUCUGCGCUUUCUCUUGAAGAUUCAGAGCAGUCAGAGAUGUUCGACGAGGUACUGCUUUGCAAAGGUGAAAAUGAGGACUCUACGAUAGGUUCUCUUAAUGGGAACUCGCAGCAGAAUGGGCUUCUAAAAGGGUCUGUUAAUGGUCGAACAACACGCAGGAAGAAAAACGGCAAGAAAAGUGAAGUGGUGGAUUUGUGGAGUUUCCUUAUUCAAUGCGCACAAGCUGUGGCCAACAAUGACCAAAGGACUGCCAAUGUGCUGCUGAAACAGAUAAGUCAGCACUCUUCUGCUUCUGGAGAUGGAACCCAAAGAUUGGCACAUUACUUUGCUAAUGCCCUUAAGACACGUUUGGCUGGCAUGGGGGCACCAUCGUAUUCAACUCUGCUAAGCAAUCGGACCUCGGCUGCUGAAAUCCUAAAAGCUUACAGAGUUUAUGUUUUAGCUUGCCCCUUUAAGAAAAUGUCAAAUUUCUAUGCAAAUAAAAAGAUAAUGGAAGUGGCAGAAAAGGCAACCACGCUCCACAUCGUUGAUUUUGGCAUUUGCUAUGGGUUUCAAUGGCCUUGCCUCAUCCAGCGUCUCUCAGCAAGGGCUGGUGGACCUCCCAAGCUUCGGAUUACCGGAAUUGAGUUUCCGCAACCUGGUUUCCGGCCUGCAGAAAGGGUGGAGGAGACGGGACGUCGCUUGAAAAGGUAUUGUGAGAGAUUCAAUGUCCCAUUUGAGUACAACGUGAUAGCAAAGAAAUGGGAAACCAUCCAACUUCAGGAACUAAAGAUUAAAGAAGAUGAAGCGGUGGUUGUUAACUGCAUGCAUCGGCUAAAGAACCUCCCAGAUGACACAGUGGCGCCAACCAGUGCAAGGGACACUGUACUGAAAUUGAUCAGAAGCAUCAACCCAGAAUUAUUCAUCCUUGUGACCGCAAACGGGACAUACAACGCUCCCUUUUUCGUCACAAGGUUCCGGGAGGCACUCUUUCAUUUCUCUGCUCAGUUCGAUAUAUUUGAAGCUAAUGUUUCCCGGGAAGAUCCACAAAGGAUGAUGUUUGAGAAGGAAGUACUUGGGAAGGACAUUAUGAAUGUUGUUGCAUGCGAGGGUAGUGAGAGGGUAGAAAGGCCAGAGGCGUAUAAACAAUGGCAGGCUAGGAUACUGAGGGCAGGGUUCAAGCAGGUCUCAUUGGAUCAGGAGCACUUGAAGAAAGUGAUGAAUAUGGUCCAAUCUAGUUAUCAUAGGGAUUUUGCUGUAGAUGUGGAUGGCCGCUGGAUGCUGCAGGGAUGGAAGGGGAGAGUUAUUUAUGCCCUUUCAUGUUGGAAACCUGUCAGGAAUUAACUGUGAUGAUCGCAGAUUAGUUUCUUUUGGCCUAUUACUUACAUUAUUUGGUGUAGUUGUAAAAUAUCAAAUUCCUAGUCCUAGAAGUAAAGGUUGCAUGUGAUGUAUGUUAAAAGAGCUCAUUAGUCAUUAGCUCCAACGUGCUUUAAAAUGAUAUCAAUUGCAAUCACAACAAGCUUGUAGAUAACAAAUGCUUUGCUUUCUUUUUUCAUUUCCCUUGUUUGGACGCAGGGGAGAAGUGUCCUCCCGGGGAUUGGCUAGAAGCAGUGUUUCAACUUUCAAAUAAAGCAUUCCGAAAGGUCCCUGGAACAAA